CCCAAGGACACGUGGUGUCGCAAAAGUCGACGGCGCCGAUCGCCUUUACGGCACAAGGCCAUGGCGUCGUACGGAGGGUUUUUCGAAAGCACGCAGAGCAUCGACGAGCGGAGAGAGCAGAAGAGGGAGGCGAGGCGAGGGGUUCUCGCGCAGGUAAAAGCUGAGUACGAGCGAGAUCAGAAACGUCAGGAGCAGAAGCGACUACGUGGGGAAGACACAUGGAUGCUUCCCGCCGUAAACGAGCGUCUCGAGGAAAUGGAAAAGGAACAUGGCAAGAAACACAAAAAGAAAAAAGAGAAGUCGAAGAAGUCUAAAAAAGAGAAGAAGAAUAAAAAAUCUAAGAAAGCUGAGAAGUCUAACAGUGCCAGUGACUCUACUUCUGACUCAGAAGAGGAGUGGGUUGAAAGUACCGCUAUUGCUGCUUCCGGAAGCAGCCAGUCAUCGGACUCUGCCAGGGAAAGAUCAGCUGAUGCUGUUAACGCUUCAGUGGAUGCCCCCUUAGUGAGGGAUGAUUGGAUGAACUUCGACUUCCUGACUAUGAAGUCAUAUUCUAGAACAGACGUCAAAUCAGAAAAACAGAAAGCCAAAGAAUUGGAUAAAGAAAUCAGGGAUGCGAUCGACAAGCCUGGUGUACACGCUCGUGAGCUCAACCCAUACUGGAAGAACGGAGGAACAGGCCUCCCCCCACAGGAGAGCGAGCAAUCCGUCGCCUCGGGAGCUUCUCAGGGACCAUCAGCGGUUGGUGACGGCGGGCUCAGCUGGCUGAGACGCGCUCGGCAGAGAAUGCAAGAGCAGGCAGACAAGGAACAGAGGUCACUGGAUGAAGUUCUCGAAGAGCGAUAUGGAUGCAAAGAAAAAUUUUAUUCGAUGCUGGCAGAAGCAGAGCGCACGGCAGCAUCUCAGCGGUUCUAUAACCGGGGCGGUCAGAGGUGGAGGAAGACUGCAGAAAACAACUCGUCAAUUCCUCCGGCGUGGAAGAGGGAAGAGAGACACAGGGACCGCACGGAUCGUGACAGCCAUGAGGAAGGGGAGAGAAAACAAGAUGUAGACGGCACACAAGAAAGAGACCGGGGUCGCUCUGCUGGUUCGGACAUGGACCGGGAUAGGCAAAGAGACACUCAAAGAGAUAGACAAAGAGGGGAGCAAAGAGACAGGCAAAGGGACGGGCGCAGGGAUGAUGAGAGAAGUCGGCACCAAUAUCAGGGGAAUCGCAGAGACUGGAGCAGGGACGGCGAGCAGGACAGGGAGAGGCGGUCGCACUGUAGUCCGGAUAGACAUCGAGGUCAGAGAGAUCGACAUAAAGAGCGUGACCAAGAAAGAGAGGGAGGAAGGUGGUCUCGAAGAAGUCCUGAUGUCCGCACCACCACCAACACAUCUUCAUGUUCUCUUAAGUCCAAGUUCAUGAAGCCUUCAGACGACGAUGAUGUGGAUGCAUUUUCUGGAAGUGGCUUGGCCUUGAAGGAGCCACGCUCAGUGGAAAUUCCUCGGAGUGCCUUUCGAAGGCCGAGAGACGAUGAUGAUGAUGAUGGUGGUGGUGGUAAUGCUAAAGAUGUUCUUUCUUCCAGCUCAACAGUACCACAGAGAAAAGAGGUUGCUAAAAAUGACCAAACUAGGGAACGUUCUGAAAGCCCAGCAGAGGAAGACAGACAGGAAACAAAGCAAAAAGCCCACUUGCGGGGUAUAGGUAAAAGAAGUGAGCCCUCGUUAAAGCAAGCAGCAGAUGAUCGUCCUAAGGACAAAUCUUCCGCCACUACCGAUGGUGCUGAAUCUGCUCCAGUGGCUCUGGUUGCUGAGGCUACCCCAGCUGCUCCUUUGCAGGUGCUGAGUGAAGGAGAAAUGAACCAGCUGGGGGCACGGCUGGUUAAAGCGGAGCUCCUGGGCAACCAGGAGCUCGCUGAGAAAUUGAAAGCCCAGUUGGACGAGGCUCGGAAAGUCAAGCAAAACCAGACUCAGCAGCCGGGUUUUGCAGCCAGCCAGCAGAUGACCAAGGCUGCAGGUGCAAGAGGCAGAGGAGCGGAGGAUGAGACAGACGUGCUGCUGUACAGGACAGAUCGAGCUGGGCAGUCGUGGCCUGUGUCCGCUCCCACGCACCUCGCGGAGUCCAGAGGGGGACGACACAAGAACCGCCCGGUGGAGACGCACACAGCCGGGGAGCGUGCGCGUUACUUUGGCGAUGACGAUCAGCACAGUCUGCAGGAGCUGGUGCGCAGGGAGCGCAUGAGCACAGCCGAAGAUCAGAAUGCGAUGUUCGCUCGCCUCUCCAAGUUUGCGGAGAAAACGGACCGUGAAUAUUUCACGCUGGACGACAUGUUCGUGUCGAAAGCGGCGAAGGGGGAGAGCACGGGCCGUGAGGACGAACGGCACAAGCAGCGUGCUAUGGAGGAGCACCGCCGCCUCGUCGGAGAGAUGGCCAAGUGCAACCACUGCUUCGACAGCGCCGACCUACCAAAGCACCUGGUGGUGGCCGUCGGCAGCAAGGUGUACCUGCGCCUGCCCAGCCAGCAGUCGCUGGCUGAGGGCCACUGCCUAAUUGCUCCACUGCAGCACUUUUCGUCCGGAAACAUGCUGGAUGAGGACAUCUGGGCUGAGAUACAGUCUUUCCGCCGUGCGCUGGUGAAGAUGUUUGCGGAGCAAGACGAGGACUGCGUCUUCAUGGAGGCGAACAUGCACCUGAAACGCCGACCACACAUGGUGUACGAGUGCGUGCCCCUUGCCCGUGAGCUGGGUGACAUGGCUCCCAUCUACUUCAAGAAAGCCAUUCAAGAAUCGGAUGAGGAGUGGGCCAUGAACACCAAGUUGGUGGACCUCUCCCAAAAGGACAUUCGCAGAGCUAUUCCAAAGGGCUUGCCAUACUUCAGCGUGGAUUUUGGCAUGCAGGGUGGCUUUGCUCACGUUAUUGAAAACGAGCAGAAGUUUCCCGACUAUUUUGGAAAGGAGAUCUUGGGGGGCAUGAUGGACCUGGAGCCGCGGCGCUGGCGGAAGCCGUUUCGGGAGCCAUUCGAGGAGCAGCGCAAGAAGGUGCUGCAGUUUGCACAGAGAUGGAAGCCCCACGACUUCACCCGGAGCUAACAACGAGCGGUCGCGGUGCAGGCAAGGGAUAGCUCGCAGCACGAGGAGCCGCUCCGCGAUCCAUUGGCUUCUGACAUCUAUUUCGCUCCUAUGCUGGGAGCCUCUUCCUUCACCUUCUUGAAGGAGGCUCUCAGUUCCCGAAGCUCCCCAGGACGUGGAGCGAAACGUUGGACGUCAAUCCGAACGCACGGUACAACCGGAAAACACAUUGGAGAGCUAAACCGUGACCGAUGUCUCAGUGUGUUUUGCGGAGAUUAUCUGAACGUCUUCAGCAACUGUGUUAUACGAUCUCAAAGUGUAUGUUAACUCGGUGCUUUUGUAAAAUAUUUCUACAGUGGGCUGCCGUGCAGCCGCCAUGCAGCUAGUCACAUGAGCUGACGAUGGGGUCACCACUUCAUAUAUAGAGGGCUUUCAGGGACAGCUGAGUAUGGUGCCACUGUUGAUGUCUGUCAGUUCCUUUCCUAGUAACCAAUGGAUGGGCAUUGGCUCGCGGUUUUGAGCAAUUGGCUUUGUGAACCACUGGGAAAUGAAUUGCGUAAGUCAAGUGAGCAAGUUGCAGAUGGUUUGGAAACUUGAUCCAGGUUUAAGUGCGAAAUUGUGGCAUGAUGUAAUUCAGCUGGACAUUGACAUGUUCCUUCCAUUUGUACAAUACUGCCCGUACAAUGUAACGUUUAAAGUUAAUGUACUUUUUAAAAAAAAAAUCCAUCCCUGUGUAUUCGUGUCAUCUUUAACAAAAAAUAAAAAUGAUGUGUAUACACUUUUUUUUUGCAUACUACCUGCUAUGACGUGGUUCAGAAGGAAGGUCAUCGACACAAAACACGGAGAGAGAAAAAAGUGCGCGUAAAAACAUGGGAGAGAGACGCAUCGUUGGAAUAUACAUUGAGAUCGAGAAAGAGGAGCACAUGGAACAUUCACGUGUUAACUUCAUCAUUCACGCUUAACACAAGUGAGCGGUCUUAGGCAGGUCACGACACUAUUAUAAAGUGACGGUGACCGAUGAUCAAGAACAAUGAUGUUGUGGCAACCAGGGAUUGGGAUGCAUCUGAGAGAGGACGUCCUCCGAGGAGAUGGGUCGAUGAAAUCUGCUCCCGUGCAGAUGCUAGGUGGAUUAUUACGUCGCACGAUUUUUAAUGCUGAAGACUUGGGAAGUUAGCCAGCAGUGGAUUGAUCAUGGCUGAUUGUUUUUUUAAAAUAUUUGACGUUUGAAAAUACACAUUUAAAGCAUGUUUUCUUUGAAAGUUUAUGCAUACCGUCAAGGACCCAGAACCCAUUGCCUUUCAUCUCAUUUGUGUAAAGCUUCUUAACUUUCAGUGUUUGAUCAGACCACAAAAAGCAUACUUCCUUUGAUGUAAAUUGCAAAUGCGGUGCCGAUAUUUGAAAUAAGAAUCCGAUUGGCUUAUGUAACGGGUCAUAUUGGGUUGUGUACUGCACAAAAGCCCUCUAUAAUCAACGUGUCUCAACUACCUUAAGUGCUAUGCACUUAGCUCUAAACCCAAGGUUAUGCAGCAGUCAUGCCUGACAACUUGGUAAUAAUGCUCUUCACACCUUCAGCAUUGGGGUGCUUUGGCAUUAUGAAUUCUGUCGACCAUAGCUAUGUAAGUUACCAGACCAGCUACGGACCAUUGUAUUCCUACUUCAAAUGUACAUGCUAACUGAACAGUGUCCUGUACUAAUUAACACUUCUGAAUUAAAUGUUUACCCUUUGACUGAA